AGCUCGUCCACCCGAAUUGAUCAGAGACCUUUUGUCCCAUUCCUGUUCACCCUCGAGGACUCAUGCUACUUUGACCUUCUGUCCCUUCGAGAGUACGUACUCCGAAAAUCAUCCUUGUUGGCGGGGAACCUACUACCUACUUCAAGCAAUCCGUACACCAUUGCCAAAACGAAAGUGUCAAGUUUCAGAAGUGGAGAGAGACGUUUCAAUACGCACGGCCUGGUUAAUUUGUACGCCAUAUCUUGGAACCAAGGAUCGUCUUUUGCAAAAUCUGCAGAAUGUCUGCCCAGGCUGCUUUCUACCAGAGUGAUCCGUCCUUGGACUCGUUGAUCGCCUCAGAGCCCCUAUACCUGGGAAACAGUUUCUUUCCCGAGUUUAUCUCUCUAUCGAUAUUAGAGAAUGGUGGCCAGAACGAAGACAUGGAGAUGCCAUUUUUAUCCAAUCAGACGGGCUCCAUGGAGGCCAUGGCACCAAACAUGCAAAGCGAAGAUAACGACAUUAGCCUACCACGCCUCCACAACGGCGCACUCCGACCAGCCUCGCGUGACAGCCUUACAGAGUCGAUCGACACUAAAACCAAUCGUGCGCCACCAUUUUUGCACUCGUACCAAUCUACGCCGAGCUUCUCAUCCACCUCAGUCAGCAGAUGUUGUACUGCGAGCCAUGGUACGGAGCUCAGCUUCGAUAACAACCGAGGCUCUCCUCCCUUGUACAUGAGCAGCAACAAAUCCCUAUCUCCGCUGGGCUGCCAGAAGACCGGCAUAGACAAGCGUGCAAGAAAUCUUGAGAGGAACCGCGCGGCAGCCAGCAAAUCACGUCAGAAGAAGAAGCGGGAGACAACUGAGCUUCAGAGCCGGUUCCAAACAGUGAAUCACAAAAGGUCUAGCCUUGCUAACGAAAUUAAAACACUGCACAGACAACUACUUUCUUUAAAGGAUCAGAUCCUUUUGCACUCGCGCUGCGAGGACGAGGCCAUCCAUCUUUAUCUUAGCGGCAUGGUUAAACAAGCGACGAAGCGCGAUUCUAUCUCCCAUCUAGGGACGCACGACAAGCGCAAUCCUACAAGCCUUAAUUAUUCUGCCUUGACUUACUACCGAUGAACCUGAGAUGGAAUGACCACACCCACUGAUAGCAACAGAAAAUAUAAGCACGCUCGUUUAUCAUCAUGUACUUAGUUUACUACUUAGUUCUUCGCGAUCAAUAUCAAUUACCAUUGCAGAGUAUACCUUUGCUAGUUUAAUCAACUCGA